AUGGUUUCAAGAAGCACCAACUUCGUCUUCUUCACUUGUCUCAUCUUUCUACCAUCAAUCAUCAACCUCUGUGAAGGAUUUGCCAUUAGUCACUGCAAUGGCACCAUGGAAGAAUGCUCAACAUUAAUGGAGGAGGAUGAAGAGUUCUUAAUGGACACUGAAGAACAUAGGCGAAUUCUGACUGGAAAUACGAAUAUUAUUUAUAAAAGUCUACAAAAACCUCCCGUUUGCGACCCAAAACACUGUGAAGGAUUGUAUAAUGUAAGGAAAGAUAGAGGGUGUGUUAAUUAUUGCAAUAAAGGAGGUUAA